GUGUGUGUGUUUGCGCCCCCUACCCCAAACCCUCCACCCCCUAUCUCUUUACAGGACUGCCAGCCCGUCUAGAGUUAUUCCAGGAAUGCGUUGAACAUGGCUGCCGCGAUGAAGGCGCAGAAAACGGGACUGCUGGAACUUCGAGUGACCGUGGACCGCUGGAUCCGGGUGUUGGCCACACUUACCGAGGACACGCUCACGGUAAACCCCGGGGAGGGUGCCGAGGAGCCCGCGAAGCCCAACCCGAGUCCUGCCGGUGCUAUCAAUGGAGACCCCCCGAACCUUUGCUCGUCCCCUGUCCCAGAAACCAUCACCAACGUGAAGCGCACCGUGCGAGUUACCAAGCAAGAUGUUGGAGGACUCGGAAUCAGUAUCAAAGGUGGGAAGGAGAACAAGAUGCCAAUUCUCAUCUCCAAGAUUUUUAAGGGCUUGGCUGCUGACCAGACUGAGGCCCUUUAUGUUGGUGACGCCAUAUUGUCUGUCAAUGGUUAUGACUUACGGGAGGCCACACACGAUGAGGCUGUGCAAGCGCUGAAGAAAACUGGCAAAGAAGUCAUCCUUGAAGUGAAAUACAUCAAGGAGAUGUCAGCCUUCUUUAAAAGCUCGGGGUCCCCUGGGGCCGCCAUCCCCUGGGACUCUCCCCCUUCCACACCUCAGAGGGGCACUGAGCUCUCACCCGCUGAGGUGAAGGAGCCCCGCAGCAUCCCGCUCAAGAUGUGCCAGGUGUCACGAAAACAGUGCCCCCCGGACACCGAAAACAGGUAUUUCGAGGUGAUUUCGUCCAGCAGAAAGAACUCUGUGUUCCUGCGGGCAAAAGACCCUGCCAUGGCCCAGUCCUGGUACAAUGCCAUCCAGGCUGGCGCUGCCAAUCUUUUACCACGAGUAAAGGAGGAGAUGAAGAGCAUGCAUCGUAGCAUGGAGGUCAAACAUCUGGGCUGGAUUGCAGAGCAGGUGACCCAGGGUCCAGAGAGACCAGUACUGGCUGUGUUGACCAACAGAGACCUGCUCCUGUAUCCGUCAUUGCCUGAAAGCAAAGAUAGCCUCAGCAGCCCCACUAAGAGUCACCCGCUCAUUGCUACCAGACUGGUCCACUCUGGCCCAGGAAAAAGUUCUCCUCUCCUGGACUCUGACCUCUCAUUUGGCCUGCGUUCGGGCACUAAGCAAGGCGUGGAGACCCAUGUGUUCAGGGUGGAUUCUGCCAAGGAGCUGUCCACCUGGACUCAUCUGCUGGUGGAGGGUUGCCAUAACGCUGCUGAGCUCAUCAAGGAGGUCACCACGGCCUGUAGUUGGAAUGGGAAGGAGUGUACCCUGGGAGUGCACAUUGAUGAGGGUUUCACACUAUUCACAGAAGAGAUGGGUGUCAGGAAAAGUAUUCUGCUCCAGCAGCCCUUCGAGCGCCUAAGAAUGUCCUCAGAUGAUGGAAUUCGCAUGAUGUUCCUUGACUUCGGAGGCCCUGAGGCAGAGAUUCAACUGGACCUCCACUGUUGCCCCAAGACCAUAGUCUUCAUCAUCCACUCUUUCCUGUCUGCUAAGGUCAAGCGACUUGGCCUCCUGGCAUGAUAAUGGCCAGCCAUCCAGAACAUCAACAAUAGGAAUAUUCAAUAAAACACACAGCCCAGAAGACUCUGAAAUACCAGAGGACGUGGUCCAGGAAAAUAUGUUGACUAACCCCUUCUUUUCAGCCUUCCUAGGUCUUUAAGAUUGUGAUCUCUGGUCAGGCACCUCCUGGUCUUCCCAGGAGAAUGAGGAGAGAAGUGUAACAUUGAUGGACCUUUGUUGAACUUGAAGUUGUAAUGUAACGAGAGGUUUUACAGAUGGCGUGAGUCAGCAGCCAUUUAAGGGAUCUGUCAAAUCUGUUACGGUAGGUCAAGACACUUUAUGAUGGCAAACUGUGUGAAUAUGACAGCCUGCAUCUUAAUGUUUCUAAGCUUGAAGUCCCAGCCAUUUAAUGUUUUUUGCCCCAUUGUUCAGUUUUGUUUUGUUUCAUGAGUCAUGGCAGGCCUUUGUCAUGAGCAUCCUUUCAUCUUUCAAUCUUUGCUUUAUGUGCUGUGCGCAGUCACAACAAAAGUUAUUUCACAAAUGUCCUGAUAGAUGUUGGACAAACUUUUUUUUUUUUUAUAAAGGCAGCUUCAUGACUGACUGAUCACUACAUGAUUAAUAGUCUGUACUGAAUAAUGUCCAGAAUACAACUAUAAUGAUAUACUUUUUAUCUGGAUGCUUAAGUUUCCUUUACCCUGAAUUUUCAUGAAAGAAGCUACAUGCUUUUUGUUUAAGACAACUUCCAAAUGUGAAAUCAUAUAUAUUUUUCAUUGCAGCUGAACAACUUCUUCUUUUAUUUUCCUCUCUGUCUCUCUCCUUUGCUGUUUUAAGCGAGCUCAUAAUCCAUGGCCUAACAAAGAGAAAUGACUAACAGAGUAUAUUAAAAAAUGCUUUUUAAAAUUCUGUUUUAUCUUAACCAAUAAAGUAAAUAAAAACUUGUAAUUUUCCUAACAAAAAACCCCUUCCUUGAAUCUGGAUGGCCUUAGUCAGACAGUAUGACUCUGCAGACUGCAGUCUCAUUUCAUUUCAGCCCGUCUGAAGUACAAAAUAAGAGCUCUUGUCUACCGACAAAGGUUGUCCUAUAAUCAUGUAUUGAUAGAUGACAAAUAGUUGGCUGAAGGUGUGCCAGUCCAGCUAAGCUACUUUUCCUGUAUGGAUAAGCUUUCAAUUACAAUACAAAGUUAAGAGUUUAGCUCUUAAAUGAACCUAUUUUGGAGUAAAGUGUCUUUGCUUCAUAAUUAAUAACCGGAGAGGACAAACAGGCUUCAUCAGAAAGUAUUAAUGGUCCAUUUUUACACAAUUUGUCCAACAUUUAAAUAUGUUAAUUUACCAUAUAAAAGAUGUUGAGUUGUUUACAUCAUGAAGUGUUUGAUUGUUUUCUUUAUUAUUUGUGUCGACUGAACAUCCACAACUUGGGGCCUUCUCUCUGUGUCCAACACUAAACAGACUUGUAUUGAUAUAUAUUUCAAAACUAAAACUUGUUUGCUUUCAAGAAUAAAAUGUAUUAUAUAUUCUUAUUUAAACAAAGGUGUGCCUUGCAGGGUUGUUUGUAUAUAAACAUGUAAUAAACUUUGUUAACUUUUA